ACAAAAAAAAACACAUUCACUUUCUGUGACACACAAACUCUUAGCUGUGUCUUUCUCUAUCUCUGUGUGCGUGUGUGUUUUCCUUUUCAUGAUUCAUCUAUACAUUUGUUUAUGUCUUUGAUUGAAUCCUUAUCUUCAUGUUUGAAUAAAAACAUAGAAACAAAACAAUGACAAUGAAGCUUCUUCCCAUGUUUCUCAUGUUUCAUAUGUUCAUCCUUAUUCUUCACAAACCCAUUUUGGUUCUUGCUUCUGUUGUUGUUCCUUCACCUCAAGUUUCACCCUUUCCUCCAAUCCUCCCUUCAAUGACAAUCAUUGCUACCUCUCCAGGUGUUCAUGAUGGAGAAGAUGAAGAUGAAAAAAUGGAUUCACACAGGAAAAAGAUAAGGGCUUUUGUGGUAGCUAGCACUGCUCUUAGUGCUAUCAUUUUGUGUCUGUUAAGCUUCUGGAUUUACUACAUCAUAAAUGGUUCGAAACCCAACAGGAAGAAGAACCUUAAAAACUCAGAUUCUGAGAAAGGGCUUGGUUUUGCACCAAUUUUGAGUAAAUUCAAUUCUGUGAAGAAGGUUGGUAAGAAAGGGUGUGUUCCAAUCAUUGACUAUGAGCAAAUAGAAAAAGGCACUGAAAAUUUCAAGGAAAGUAACAUCUUAGGUGAGGGUGGUUUUGGAUGUGUUUACAAGGCUAGUUUGGAUGAUAAUUUGGUGGUUGCAGUCAAGAGGUUGAAUUGUGAAUGUCAAUAUGCAGAAAGAGAGUAUGAGAAUGAAGUUGAAUUGUUAAGUGAAAUUCAACAUCCAAAUGUGAUUUCUUUACUUGGUUGUGGAAGCCAUGAGGAUUCCAGGUUUAUUAUCUAUGAGUUGAUGCAAAAUGGAUCAUUGGAAACUCAAUUACAUGGACCUUCUCAUGGCUCUGCAUUGACAUGGCAUAUGAGAAUGAAGAUUGCUCUUGACACAGCAAGAGGCUUAAAGUAUCUGCAUGAGCACUGUUACCCUGCAGUGAUCCAUAGAGAUCUAAAAUCUUCUAAUAUUCUUUUGGAUGCAAACUUCAAUGCCAAGCUUUCUGAUUUUGGUCUUGCAAUAAUUGAUGGGUCCCAAAACAAGAAUAACAUCAAGCUUUCAGGCACAUUGGGGUAUGUAGCACCAGAGUAUCUCUUAGAUGGUAAAUUGACUGAUAAAAGUGAUGUAUAUGCUUUUGGAGUUGUGCUUCUUGAGCUUCUAUUAGGAAGGAAGCCUGUUGAAAAACUGAGUUCAUCUCAAUGCCAAUCUAUUGUCACAUGGGCAAUGCCACAGCUCACAGACAGAGCCAAGCUUCCAAACAUUGUGGAUAAUGUGAUUAAGAACACAAUGGAUCCUAAACACUUAUUCCAGGUUGCUGCUGUGGCCGUGUUAUGUGUGCAACCAGAGCCAUGUUACCGCCCGUUGAUUGCAGAUGUUCUACACUCUCUUAUCCCGCUCGUACCCGUUGAGCUUGGAGGAACUCUCAGAGUUUCGCAAGUGACACAUCAACCUCCAAAUUCUAGUUAACAUUGUAAAACCAUCGAUUUCAGAGAAUAUUCUUGUGUUGAGAAUCCAGGCCAUGUUUUCAUGAUGCUGCCAAACCAGUGAUACUUUCUCAAACUUGGAGUUGCAGACAGAUUCAUAACCACACUGUUCAUGUAAUAAUAAUACAUGUGGUCUAGUAGUUUGGCAACGAAGCAUAGACACAUUCAUAAGGAAAAAGGGUUAGGCCUAUAUGAUUGAAGACCUUGGGACUGUUAAUGAUAAAUGCAAAGAAGAUUUUAAUUUCGAUUUCAUGAAUAUAGUUGUGUAUAGUGCAGUGAUUUUAUGGAACAAUGUAUUGUCAGAAAGGAUCUGAUUAUCUUUCACUACCUCUUUUGACUAUAUGUAAUUCAAUAAACCGGGUUACAAAUAAUUCAGAGAAACUGUUAUUAUGCUAAGAUCA